UUGACAAGAGUGAGACACUGACUGAAAGACCAUGUCUCGCCUGAAGUCCCUGCAAAGCCGUUUACAGAGUAUCUACAGUCGUGAUGAGAGAGAUGACACCAACAACACUGGGAACCUCACAGGCACGGGGACAUACAACCUCACUGAUCACACCUCGUGGAUAGAUCGCAUCUCAGCGGCGGGCAACAAGCCGUGUGAUUGGCUGGAGUUCCUGACGCAGGCGCAGGGUCGGACCAGCUUCAGCAGUCCGCAGGCCAGGUACACGUACCUGCUGUCCGUGUACGACAAGGCGCUGCACCACAUGCCGGUGGAGCUGUGUCGCAGAGACGAGAGCUACGCCAGGAUCCUCAUACAGCUGGCGAACAUCAAGGGUGAUCAUAAUGAAGAAGAUGGACAGACAGGGUUCAAGUUUGCCAGAGUCAACGCCAAGACAUUUGCAUUUGUCCAUGUGGCUGCUGCACAGUUCGAGCUCAGCAGAGGGAGGGAGGGCAAGGCUCAGAGUAUCCUACAGAAAGGCCUGGACGUGGGAGCUGAGCCUACAGAUAUGCUGAACACUGCUCUCAUCAGGCUGGGCAACAAGGACAAACUACUGAUGGAGGACAAGGAAAAUGUCUGGGGAAUCUGUUGUCCAGACAGUAGUGCACAGCCAUCUUCCAGUGCAGUUAAACCCAAAGGUCAAACUUCAGUGACAAAGCUACAACCUCCCCUGAAUCAGACUGCAGUGGACCCUUCCCCCAGUAUGGUAGCUGUGGACUCUACCAUAUCGUUCCAGAAGCCGGGGGGUUGCAGGACUGACAGUGGUGGUAGUAGCAGUCUGGAUGAGAAUGACACCCUGCCCCUCCUUUGGGGUCAUAGGGAGAAACCACCCCAGCUUUCACGGUCGACAUGGAGCGCCUCCAAGCUGCCAGGACGGGAACUGCACACACCCCAGUCUCAGACCCAGCGUGUUGUAACCAGCCACACUGAAGGGCCCAACGCAAACAAAAGACAACCUGCGCGUGUGCCACUAAGGGUGAAGCGCAGUUCCCUACCAAAGUUACGCGAGAUGUCCACGGAAAACGGAAACGACGACGACUCGGACGACACCGACUGUUUCCUGGGCGUCCAGCCCCUGAAGAAUGUCAGUCCCCCGUCAGAAGGAAUGGACUCUUCCGCAGCCAAGGCAAAACCUCCCCUCCCCUUCACUAACAGAAAAGUCAGCCCAGAGUCCAACACAAACACCACUCAUGACUCCAAAACUUUUAAGGGACUGUCGCUGUGCCAAUUUUCAAAGUCUUCCUCCCUGUUGUCACACACCACUCCGCGUGGCCAGAUGCCUGCUAAAGAAGCAAGUCCGCCCGAGGAUACAGGUAGCAGACCAACUGAACCACUGAGAGAAACUAGUACAGCUCCUUCCAUGUCUAAUCUUGGACAUUAUUCAGCAGAUACAACUCCUGCAACGUACAGUACUAGAAAGGCUCCAAGCAUUUCUCCUACAGACACAGUGGUCAGCUUUCCAGAGAGGCAGCCAUCGUCUACGAAAGUGGUAAACGCGUCUGACACAGUUGAUGCAGCUACAGUGGCCUUCAAGCCAGCUGCGCAGGUGCCAGGUGCCCAGGCCUCUCAGAUGAACAUUCCUCCCGUCUCCAAGAGCCUACCACCUGGAAAUAAGACAUCUCUCAAUGACUAG